AUAGAUUCCGGACCGCUCCGCUCAACCACCACCGCGCCACCGAUCGUUGUUUGUUCGCUGACCGGCGAUCACCAUUUUUCGUACACUGAUCACUGAUCAGUCGACGGUCGUCAGUGACUCGUCUCUUUUCCGUCUGUCGUUUGGUGUAUAUGUCGCAUAUCUAUUUUAAAACAAACCGCUGUAUGAUUUUCCGCAUUUUAUCGGUGUGAUCAGUUUCUUAGUUCGGGUCUUUUCCUUUCCAACCUACGCCGCCGAAACGACCAAAGAUCAUCUACACAAUACCACAGUUGGACGACAAAGAUUUCACCAUAAACUUUAGCAACGACGUUACGUGAACUUCCAGAUAAACGCAACAACAGCUUACGAAUAUUAUACGUCCACCAUGUCUUCUUCAGUAUGUUUGUAUUUCAUGAGGGGAUCAUGUCGAUUUGGCAACCGUUGCUGGAACUCUCACGAUCUGGGAUCCAUCCACUCUGACAGCCCGUUCCAAAAUCAAGAAUCCUCUGAUGAUGAGGAGGAAAUCAGCUUUUCUAUUGCGGCAAGGAGAGAAACUACUCCAAUGACAGCUUCACCAAGUAGUAGUGCAUCUAGACCUAGACAAAGAAAUCAAGUUCUUCCCAAUACAGCAAAGAAGUCACCAGAAACUAAUAAAACAGCAACCCAAAAUAAGUGGAGCUUAAAAAAUAAUAAUACUGGGGAGACAAGAGAAGGUACUCCUGAUAAUGUGUUAGUAGAAACAGUAAAAAAAUUAAAUGAAGCUGAAAAUUUAGUUACAUCACUUCGUCAACAGCUGCGUAUCAAGAAUGAAGGAGAAAAUUUCUCUUGGGUUGAACAUCAAAUGGAACAGUGCAUUGAAAGUGAUCUACAAUGUAAUAUAUGUUACGAAAUGUUCAUCAAGCCAACUGUGCUAAAUUGCUCUCAUACAUUUUGUCUUGAAUGCAUAGAGUCAUGGACUCGAAGAGUCAAUCACUGCCCAACAUGUCGAGUUUACGUUAAAAAUAAAUCAUACUGUCUAACUUUAGAUACCUAUUUGGACAAAAUAUCUGACUGCUUACCAGAUGAAAUAAAAACGAGGCGGGAAACUUUAAAAGUUGAACGUGAUAAUAAUAGAGUGGAGGUUAAUAGAAACCGAAGAAAUAAUGCGAGGAGAAGAAACCAUAGAAACCAAUCCAUGCGUCAAACAUUAGGUGUAUUAUGGGGUGAACGAGAUCGAGAUGGUGCUGAAUGGAAUAUUGCCCUAGAAGAAGCAUUAUUUGAUCCAAUACGUUUAGGCGAUGCAAUUGGUAGAAAUAGAGAUGAUAGGGAAGAUGAUGUAUGGUCUGAUAGCGACUUGGACAGUGUAUUUUAUUUAAUAUCAAUUCGUGUGUUUUUUUUUCCGGUCUUCAGUUAUGAGUACUUUUGCUCUUAUUGUGACAAUAUGGGACACUCAGCUUCCAACUGCCCCAUAUCCAUAAUGGAGGAGACUGAUCAUGUAUGGUAGAGCUAAUCACUUUUUUCUACUAUCCCGUUAUUUAAUUGCGUGUUGAAGGCACCUUUUCCUAAUACGCUUUUUUGCUGGGACUAUUUAUAUAUUUUUUUUAUAUAUAUAUAUAUAUAUAUAUAUAUAUAUAUAUAUUAUAUUUUAAAUAAAAAUAUAAUACUUGUGAUGUAAUUGUUUUGAUUAUUAAUAGUAGUUCAUAUCAUGAAUCGGGG